CUUGGCCAAUAAAGGGCGUCAAUAUACAUUGCAAGAAUAAAUUAUGACCAUUAGCAAUAACAACUGCAAUCAGCGAGAGAUUUAAGACUAGAUCGGCUAGAGUAGUAGUGCAUUAGGUGAAAUAUAACUCAGAAACCCAGCAAGGAACAGAAAAGAUAUUCAAUUGACAUCGAUUUGAGUUUGGUGUGUGCUGUUUGUCCCAACAUCUUUCAGGAAGUGGUCGUAAGUGUCGUUCAUUCACCACUUGCUGAACACUUGGACGCUGGCAUCAAACAAUACUUGGAAAAACCGAAGGGUGAAGUCAAAAUUAUCGAUUGCAGAGCUGACACCGGUCUGUGUGAAGUUGAGCUUCACAAACUCGGCUACAACCAUCUGUGUGCUCUGGACAUCUCACACCUGAAAUGUUAGAUGAGCAAGGAAGAACAAAGUCUAUCAGAAAUUCAUCUGCGCUCCACUGAACUCUGGUCAGAAUCCUGAAGUUAAGAAAGGAGAAAACGACGCCAUGAUCUGCGUUGUUACGCUAGCUGCUGCGCAUGUCAAACCAACUGCUCUGGUGGAAACUGUAGUGUAUUGCGUUACCUAAGCGUUACUAUAGUCACGCUAUAUCCUGUAAGACACGAUCGGUACUUGAUUGUAAAAGUACAUUCCUAUGUAAAAGUAGUAUUACUGAUUCCUAGUAUUGUAUUGUGAAUAUAGCUUGUUGAUUCUUUAAUAAAGUUCAGUUGAGCAAUAGCAAUGAAAGGAGUAACUUGAUUGAGUCUAGACGACACAACAGAAACGAUUCGCAUGAUCAAGAUUGGUGAGAUUCUGAAUUAUUUAUUUUAACUUCUUAUCAAACUUGGCCUCCAGUUUGGAGGCUAGUUGGAUUUAUUAGCUCUUGAUCAUAAGGCUGGAAGAACUAUAAAUAAUUGGAGAUUAUUUUCUAUUUUCAGCGCCCGAAGAAGACUAGCAGUAUGCAGUCGAAACGUCGCGAUCUACAUCACACGUGACUACAUCGUGAGACAAACGAAAAACUUAGCUUUUAUUGUUAAGAACUUGGUUAAUUAACAACGUUAUGCAAAAACUAGGUGACUCCUAUGAAAAAAAAAUUUCGAGAGUUUUACAUUAAGACUGUUAUUUUAUGGUAUUUCAAAACGGGUCCCAGACAUUAUACCCUUGAAAUCACACCAUCAAAGUGAGAAGGUCUUGUACGAGAGUUUUUAGCUCACCUCUUCCUUGUGGGUAGGACCGUGCAUAAGUUACUUUCAUAUAGGGACUUGACCAUGUGCGAGAAUUGUGAGACCGAGGAACUGUUUGUGAGAGAGAAAAAACAAGAAACGCAUCGUCUCGUUAAGGGUAUUUGUAAGUGUACGUGUCAGGUCACGCAAGAGAAGUAGGUGGACAUUAUAUUUCUCGGAAUGUUUCCUCGAGCUUUUCACAAAGCACAUAAAUUUUAGCUCGUCUUCGCAUUCGCCCUUUCUUUCGCCGAGUUUUUUCUGAGCCCUAGCUACAUGUGCUGCUUCUACAGGGAUAGAUGGAAAUAUCUAUGCACACUAUUGUAUGAAUGACUUGAGGCAGGAAGGGGUAAGGGCUCAUAAGCGUAAUUUUGGCGAGGUUCACUGCAGUAUAUCACCCCAAAUUGUGUGAAUUGACUUAUUUCACCAAUUCAAAUAUAUCUAUUUUUUAUUAUAGACGGUGUUCUUGGCUUCAAUAUUCGAUUAAGUGAGCUUGAACUGUAUCAAAGUUGGUAAACGUCGUCGAGGAAACGGCUUCCUAUCACCUGACAGAUGAAAUGCCUAAAACCACGUCAUUUCUUGUCAUUUUUUGUCUACAAAACCCUGAAGCAUUAGUGAGACCACUAACUAGAUAAUAGACGAACUCGACAAGAUGUGAUUACAAUAUCAUCAUUAUUUAAUGUGCACCUUGUCAUACGUAGCAGCUGUAUUAAACCUCACAAAAAGGAAAACAAAAACAAAUUACUGGAAACGUGAUAUUUCUUCUGUUUCAAUUCGAUAGGGUGCUGUGAAUUAGAAUCCUUUGAUUUCUGAAACGUAACUCCCAUGUAGCGAUCAGGUGGAACAUCUUGAUCGAUUUUUUUCCAAACCUAGCUGGAACAAAAUAAAAAGUCCUUGCAAGCUCAUACUUUGUAUGCAGUUUUUUCUCUUGGUGGACCUAUUACUGGUUAGAGGGAUUCGUAAAUGUUAAAUUCAUGACCUCCUAUUCUGAUGUAAAUUUUGUAUGAAAACGCUCAAAAUUAAAACAAACUCGGAAACAUUUUUGCUCCGUCGGAAUCACGCGUUGGCAAGUGAGUCGAUCUGUUCAGAAGGACAGGGACGCAUCCAACCCCUCACUACCCCACACGGGGUAUUGCUGUCUCCCGUAAUGACUCUUACCAUAGGCAGACAACCCAGUGGCUUUGAGGCCGCGUGACGUCAGUUAUUUAAUACGCUAAUUGAACUCUUACAUUGUUUGUAAUUUGCAACGGUCGAUCUCGGCAAGACGCAAGUAAUCCCAAGAAAUGCUAUUUCUCGGAAUCACUUGAAACGAUUUCAUAAAUUCGGCAAGACGAAGAGCGAAUGUCGACGCAAGUGAUCCCGAGAAAUGUUUCAUAAAUUCAGCAAGAUGGUGAGCGAAUGUCGGAAAUCGAGUAGGCUUUUGAGGUGGUUAGAGGCGGUCAAUUGCACAGAUUUUUGGCUUGGCUCUAACACGUUAAUCGACUUUUAAUGUUUCCGAAGCUGGGAGGUGAGCGACAUUUGGAAGCGGAAGAAAUUCGGCGAAGUUCUAGAGGCUUUUGGCCCAGACGGUCCUGGAAGUUGCACGCCUUGUGUUUUUCCUUUGCCUUUGGAGGGGCAGCAGUGGAAAGUGGGGAAUUAACCGUUUUGCAAACUCCUCCAAAAUCACUCUAGACAACACAGAAAAACAAAGGUAUGUGAACUUUAUUCAUCUGACUGUCAUGAAGCGGAUGUUGGGGAUGAAAUGUUUCGAUUUGCGAAUUUAUAAAACAUUUCUCGGGAUCAGUUGCGUUUUGCCGAGAUCAACUGUUGCAAAUUACAAAUAAUGUAAGAGUUCAAUCACAGGCGUCCCAAGCUCCAGCUGUGAGAUGAUCAUCUAGCGCAAUAACAGUCAUGGCGGAAUUACAAGAGCCUGUAUGGGAAUAUUUACUAUCGCUUUAACGAAUUAAAAAAUAGGUCAAAUUCUCAAUAAAAAUACCUCACCUUACUUCCACAGCGUAUCACUUGUUAUCUGACCGCUUACUUUGAUGAAAAGAUCCCAUUUUAGAGAGUCGCCCAUUUCGGUACAAAGGAAAGGGCUUUUGUGUUCAACAAGCGUAUCAAAUAACUGACGUCACGCGGCCUCAAAUCACAGCGUUGUCUGCCUGUGCUCUUAGGAGUCGUAAUUGCGGCAGCGUCGUUGCGAGAGGAAUAAUAAGACGCAUUUGGUAAGUUUGAUUCAGUGAUAUUUCAUCAUAGUGAAAGGCAUAGAAAGAUCGAAUAUUAUGUGUUAUCCUAGACUGAAUAAUUUGCCUUCAAUUAAAAGGGAUUUUGACGCAAUACUGAACGAUUGGACAGUCUGUGACGUAGGUAAAUAUUCGUCGAGGACAACGGUUAAUAGAUCUCCUAACAAAUUAUCGUCGAAUUUUAUUUCCGCAUCUGUUUCUAAAGAAUGUGAACAGUUACGUUAUCCUUGUGGACUUUCUUGGGAUAUAAAAAUUAGGAAUUUAUUCUUGAUAAUGUUAUUUCAGUGAUCUCAAGUUCAGAUUAGUGACUAUUUCAAUUCAAGCAUUCGAAAUGCAACGAAGCACAUCUUCUCUUUCCAACUUAUCUGAAUAGUAGGAAUGCGAAAGGCUCACAAACACAGAUUGCAACGUCAGAACGUCUAACCUUUACACUGAUAAGGAAAGCACGUAGCGGAACGUUCGGCUGUUUUGUUUUGCAAAGUUACAGAUGUUUGAAUAAAAUUUAAUGCGUGUAUGAUCAAGAUAAUUUCCGCCAUCUUUCUCGUCACAUCACUCAAUGUAAUGCUUGUCACGCUUGUCACGCAAUGUAAUGAAAAACGAAAACUUAAAAUACAAAUGUCUCAAUAAAUGAUGAUAAUGUUUAUUUGACUAAACAGACUUCAAAUAUUCUACCUAACGUUUCCAAGAGAAAAAGGUUUAAAAUCCCGAAAAGCACCCGAGUUAUUUUAAAAAACGUACUUUGAGUUAUAAGUUGAUAAAGUUCGCCUGAGGGAAUUUUCUGCUCAUCUUGCGGAUCGUUUUUCAUGUUAUUUGCAUAUUUAGUUUGCAUCGCGCACAUAACAAAUUCAAAUGCAAACUUUUUGUUUAUGGAAAACUCUUUGCUCAAGAAAAAAUCAAAAGCGGAAGAAAGCCCUUGGUAAAAAAAAAAAGUCCUUUGUGAAAGCAACUGGUACUGGCGGAGCUCCACGCUGCCAUCCAGAUUACGAACAAAACAAAAUGUCAAACACAAAUUUUGAAACGAGGUUUGCUUUUAUUUAUGCAAGUACCAGCCUUGAUACGAAAACAUCAACAAUCGCCUCGAAUCGUAAUUUUGGGAGCUGUAUGUUGAUUCGUUGUCUUGCCCCUCAGCACAUUUUCCGAUUUUUUCAUUUUUGCUUCAAGUUUUUCGUUUGCCUUUGGCAACUUUGCCCAUUAUUGUGGCGUUCUUCCUUACCGCUCCACUGAGCGAUCGAGACAAAAAACGUGUCUGCCAUGGGUUACUUCUGCCGAGAAGUCUUUAUCCAUCGUCAUUGACGACAGGAGGUCCCGUUUUCCUAUUAGUUUGCGGUUUCAGGAGGCGAGAUAGUAUCCUGGCGUGUAGCGAGUUGUUUACGAACCUUUAUAAGCUAAGAUGCUGUAUUUGAUUUUGGGAGGAAUACAUUCACUUUGAGCGAAGUUAUAGGGUAUUUAGAUCGACCGAUUCUCGCCAAAUUUCGCCGAAACAUUCCUGGAAUAAUAAAAAACGAAAUUGUGUCGGGAAAUUUUGAUAUUUAAAAUAUUUCUCUCGUGGUGUCCUUUUACGCAACACUUCUCGCAUCUUUUUAGCAACUUGUUUAGACAACCAAUCAGAAUAUCGAAAAAAGCUUAACACAAUUUGUUGGUUGAUGCCCUGUGAAUGAGACUCUGCAGCCAUUUUGCUUGUGCUGCGGCAUCCGAUAUCCGAUAUAUUCAAUAGAAGAACCCUCGGUCGUUUCACGCCUUGCCGGCUCCUGACACCUCCUUAUCACAUUAUUAACUAAGUUGAUAGCUUUAAAACAACUAUUCACCGAAAUGGAGGGGGCUAGUGGUGGAUAUUAACCGAGCUGCGAUGCAGCGAGGUAAAUAUCAACCGCUAGCCACUGACACUGACGUGAAUAGUUGUUUAAGUUUAUGAUAAAACAGUGAGAUAAUUAAGCACAGGAGAUGAUUUUAACUCCUUUUUUCUUGAAACAAUUGUUAUAUUUUUGGGUACAAAUCCCGCGCGUUGCUCGGAGGUGAAAAGCAAAGGAUAUUUGGAGUUUGAGCAGCCAAUCAGAGCGCGCCUUCAACGCUAUCCAGUGUUUUUGUAUAUACUAAAGCAAACUAUCUUGUUAUACCCCCCUUUUACGCAGCACAAUAUGUCUAUGAUCACCUAAAAUACACUGGUUAAUGUAUUUAUGUUUUAUUUUUCUUUUCUUUUCUUUUCAUCCACCCUUCAAUCAUUCGUUCGUUUCAUGUAUUUUUAUUUAAUUUUAGAAUGGCUGCAAAGUCUUACCAAGCAGGCUUUAAAAGGUGUUACGGGGGUCGACUUUCCAAUCUUUCUCAUAAAACGACAGAGAACGAAAUUCAACAAAUUUAUGACGACUGGGCAAAGGAAUAUGAAAAGGUAAUCACUGAACUAGUUCAUGUAUAUAAUAUUAGUUUCCAAACUAAUUAAAUGUGUAUAUGUUUAGCCGGACCUCACUUUAGUGCCUUUUUCGUGCGACGAUCACGUGCUUUCGUAUAAUCGAAUAUUUCAAUCGUAUAUUUCAAGUUAGUGAAAGGUGAGAAAAGGGACAGGAAAAACUGUUGACGCUGUAGCAGCAAGGCAAUGGUACAUUAAAGGAGGAGGUUACGUGUUCCAAGACUCUUAGUGCCUUCCUCUCAGUGAGUUUCUUCAAGCUCUUGUCCCUUACGUCUACUAUGUUACAUAAGGUUGAGUUUUGUGUUCAAAUUUCACUUUCAGGAUGUUGUUGUUGUGGCACGCGCAAUUUUCCACAAGCCACUGGCUGAGUCUUUGGAUGAAGCCAUUCGGCGAUUUCUCGCUGGGAAAGAAAAAGAUGACGUGAAAAUAAUAGACGCCGCAGCUGGUACGGGACUGGUUGGAGUCGAACUAAAUAAACUCGGCUACACCAAUCUAUGUGCUUUGGAUAUUUCACCAGAAAUGUUAGAUGAAGCAAAGUAA